AUGGCGGAUUUGAGAAAUAGAAAAUUUCCAGAGAGUCCAAAAACUGGUGCACCAGUGUCUGCCACUGGGAAGAUUCUCAAGGGGGAGCCUGUACAGAUCCUUAUAGCACAAGCUGAGGGAGGGGAACAUAAGUUUGAACUUGAUGAAGUUGCCUUAGAGUCAAUUCUCCUGCGCCAUAAUGUGAAAGACAAGAAAUGUGUUGUCGUGUCAGUAGCAGGAGCUUUCAGGAAGGGGAAAUCAUUUCUGCUUGACUUUUUCCUUCGAUAUCUCAAUGCAAAGGGGGCUCCUGAUUGGCUAGGAGAUGACAACUCCCCCUUGGAGGGGUUCUCGUGGCGGGGUGGCGCAGACAGAGAUACUACAGGCAUCUUACUGUGGAGUGAAGCAUUUGAUGUAAAACUGCCUAAUGGGGAAGAAGUUGUUGUAUUAUUGAUGGAUACUCAAGGUGCAUUUGAUAGCAACUCUACUGUUAAAGACUGUGCCACUGUUUUUGCUCUAAGUACCAUGCUCAGUUCUGUACAGGUAUACAACCUGAUGUCCAACAUUCAAGAAGAUGAUCUCCAACACUUACAGUUAUUCACAGAGUAUGGCCGUCUUGCCAUGGCAGAUAACAAUAACUCCAAGCCUUUCCAGACACUUGAGUUCUUAGUGCGAGAUUGGCAGUAUCCAUACCAGCACGAUUAUGGAGAAGAAGGAGGAAACAUUCUACUUGACAAAAGACUGGAGAUCAGUGAUAGACAACACCAAGAGUUACAACAAAUCAGACGUCACAUCAAAUCAUGCUUCUCUCGGAUUGGUUGCUUCCUGAUGCCUCACCCGGGACUUAAAGUUGCCGUUAAUCCAUAUUUCGAUGGACGUUUAAAAGACAUAGAGCAAGACUUUAAAGAGUACCUGGCCCGAUUUGUGCCUUUGUUCCUUGCCCCAGAAAAUCUAGUCAUGAAGAAUAUCAACGGAGGUCCAAUUACUGGCAAGGAGCUUGUGGAAUACUUUAAGGCCUAUGUGAAAAUCUAUCAAGGGGAUGAGUUGCCUGAGCCCAAGUCUAUGCUACAGGCCACAGCAGAGGCUAACAAUCUUGCAGCAGUGGCCAGUUCAAGAGACCUCUACAGUACUGAAAUGGAAAAGAUUUGUGGUGGGGAACAACCAUUCAUUGCUGUGGAAUAUCUCGCAAGAGAACAUGCUAGAAUUAAAGACCAGGCUAUUAGACUUUUUAACUCCACAAAGAAAAUGGGUGGUGAUGAAUUUAGCUCACAAUUUAAUGAAAAACUAGAAAAAGAAAUUGAUAACUCUUAUGAAAACUUUGUAAAGCAUAAUGAAAGCAAGAACAUUUUCCAUGCGGCCAGAACCCCCGCAACUUUAUUCGCAGUUGUAGUGAUAACAUAUAUGCUAGCUGGUCUAUUAGGUUUCAUAGGCCUGGAAAGCCUAGCUAACCUUGUGAAUCUUGUUAUGGGUGUGAUGCUGAUACUGUUACUCACCUGGGCAUACGUGCGCUAUAGCGGCAACUUUAGAGAGGUUGGGGCAUUCAUCGACCAACUUGCUGAAAUUAUUUGGGAAAAGGGACUACAGCCAGUGUCUACACAGAUAAUGGAGGAAGGGGCCAAACAUGCAGCGAAGACUUCCCUAAAGAAAGUCAACUAAAGUGCUAUAAACAUAAAAUAACAGAUAAGAUAAAAUAUGGGAUAAAACAAGGUGCAACACAGAUGCUGUAGAGAAUCAAUUAAUUCGAUAAUUUGAAAAUAGCAGGUUUGCUAAACUACAUGUAUGUAUACUUACACUUUCCUAUAUAUUCCAUUGACAUAUAAGUGAUGUAUGACCCACACUGAUGGUGAACCUGUAUAGUCACUAAACUAUAUUCAGGCUAUACACCCAUUAGAUGGGCAUCAAUAUAUUGUGUAAGUUUGUUAGGAACAAGAUACAUGAAACUUCCAUGAAUAGAAUUCUGGGGAUGAGGCCUGUCACUGAAAAUAAGGUACCAAGUGAAGAAAUGUAUCCCUUUAUGCAAUUCAAUUGAUGUUAUUUUAUAUGAAUGCUAGGUUUUCCCCAGAGUUUGUUUCCCCUAAUGACUACCUCUUUGUGCCUGCUUUCUACACUCAAAAAACUGAGGAAAGUCUGUAUAGCAUGGCAAAAUGACUCUGAACAUGAGAAGAAAAUGUUGAACAAAAUGUAUGAUUUUGUUGUAAUAUCACGCAAAUCAAAAUAUUAUAGAAGAUUAGACCAAUGUUUGAUUGAAAUGUGAAAGUUACUGAUUUAUUAUGACUUAUAGCCUGAUUAGAUAAUCUUGGUAUGUUUCAGAGUCAGAUUUGAGCCUAUCUGCCAUUUUAUGACUUCAGUGAAAUUCCAUUUUUCUAUGCAUUACAACAAUUAACACAAAUACCCCAUCCAGCAUUGCUUAGUGGCAUUGGUACUAGGUCUACAGAAAGAUGGAUAACACAAACCACACUGCUAGCUUUCUUUUGACCCCAAUAACUAUGCUUAGUAGUUUACAGUGUCUGCUUAUUUCCCCAUUCACUUUUUGCUUAUUUGACUUUCUAUUCAUCCAACAAAAGUGCCAGAAAUCUUGGGUGCUGUCCUGAUAGAAUAAUUGUUUGUAUAUAUAAAAGUAGCUGCCAUAAAGCUUGAUAUCAUAUUGAAUUAUUAAAUGAUAUCCUGGCAUGAUUCUCAUAGAAUUGCCAUUUUUCUAUUUCAAUAUUGGUGGUGCGCUUUAUUUAGGUGUAAUAGGUCUUCAACAUAUUCUUGUAUGAAUUUGUUCUUAUUCAGUGUUGUUACAAUUUUUCAAUUCUUAAAAUUAAAUGUUUUAUAUCUACAGUAGAUUCUAUAUAGCUAUAUGGCAGGGAUUUGUAUACAGCUCUAUUUAUUAAUUAAAUAUAUGUUAUUUACAUUGUACAUUCUACUGCUAUUAGCAACUGGACAUUUCUAAAAGAUGUAGUAUUCCUCACAAGGAAUAUGCUGCAUGGGCUAAUUUAAACCAUAUGGAUAUGAUGAGCAUGGUGUACUAAACAGCUAAAGGCUAAUUGGAAAAUGUAGUAAGUGAUGGAUGUAAAUAAGCUGAAUAUAAUUCAUAAUAAUGUAUAGAUAUGAUUAAACUCCAUGCUAAGGGCUGAUGUGAAAGUCAGUCCUUUCCAGUGUGAUUUGAACCUUCAUUGACAUCGAUGAUAUUGAAGAUAAAGCAUGUAAUCUUCCAAGAAAUGUUAUAAUGUUAAUAGAGCAUGGAGGCUUAGUAUUGUGCAAUCAGAUCACAGGCCUUCUAUAUGUAAAAUAGUAUAAAAUGGUAUACAUGUUCAAUUUGCUAGCUCUGUUUAGGUUUAUGUGAGGUGUUCCAAU